AUGUCUAACUCUAAAACCGUUAUAGCAUUCGACCUCUAUGGUACUCUCCUUUCAACCGAGAGUAUCGCCAAAGAAUUGGCCAAAUAUCUACCUUUUGAGGAGAAAGCACAGUUUAUUGCCACGAUAUGGAGAAGAUAUCAAUUGGAAUAUACAUUUCGCAUGAAUAGCAUGUCCGUCUACGCACCCUUCGAAGCCGUCACCACCCACGCCCUCCGACAAGCGCUCUCCGAACACCAUCACGACAUCUCCAUCCCCGACAUGGCCAAGAUAAUGAGCGCCUACAAUGCGCUCUCUACAUUCCCCGACGUCGAAGCUGGACUGCUUGCACUGGCGCAGGAUCCCGAUAUCGACGCCUAUGUAUUCUCCAACGGAUCGGAAGCCAUGGUGUCAGCAUCUGUCACUGAAUCUCCUUCGUUAUCGGUACAUGCGGGGGUUUUUAAAGAGCUCAUUACCGUGCAGGAGGUGAAGUGCUAUAAGCCUGAUCCAAGAGUCUACAGAUAUUUGCUGAGGAAGGUGGGGAAGGCGGGGAAAGCGGCAAAGAAUGGGGAUGCGGGGGAUGUGUGGCUCGUGAGUGGUAAUCCGUUUGAUAUUGUGGGGGCGAGAGCUUGUGGUUUGAAGACGUGUUGGGUAGCGAGGAAGGAUGGGGAUUCGGGGAGUGGCAUCUGGCAUGAUAGGAUGGGAGAAAUGGCGAGUGGUGGGCCUCAUAUUAUUGUGGAUGGCGUGGAUGAGGCUGUGAGGAGAAUUCAAAGAUUGUCGAAGAAUAUUACGUCGUUGGAUGCUGAGGCUCCGGCUUUUGUUAGUCGUCAGAGUUAA